CCUCGAUGAGCUUUACAGGCUCACCAACCCUCAUCGCCACAAACAGCUGGGGGAGGAUUUCCGACCCAGGCAUAGCGAAGAUGGUGGCAGCGUCAACAGUGGAGAUAUUCCAUUCGCCCGGAUAACAGAAAAAAAAAGAAGCAGCCUGCUUAAGUCCCACCGUGGCCGCUUUUAUUUUGCCCCCAACUCCGGUGGAGAGCUCUGUCAGGGGGGGAAAGGGUGGCAACCAGCGACGGACGGAAGAGGACGCACCACAGCCAGAGCGCACAGUGUUGUGUUUGUUGGACACAUGCAUGCCAGCGAAAACUAGAGCUAUCCAGACCUAAGAAACUCACUGAGAUAAGGAGACAUUGCAGUUUGUGAGGCGGAACGUUAUUUCUUUUUAUUUAUUUAUAUAUUUUUUUUAAAAAAAUCCAAUCCAACCAAGGUGAUCCGAGGGGUUUCCUGUAUUGCUCUGGGGAUUUUCGACUUCUUUGCUCUGAGGGAAUGCGAGGGAGGAAAUCCAGCCUCAGCUCCAAAUAACCAGAGACUCCUAACUGGGUCUCCUCUCCUAACGCAGGAAAUACGGCCUGGGAAAAAAAGUUUGGGAGCUUUUGGAAACGAGAGGGGGGCCUAUCGCUGACGCUGGGCACGCGUUUUACGACUUGAUUUUUUUUUUUUUUUUUGAACUCCCGUCGUUUUUUUUCGCACUGAGCGUCCUGCUGCUCCAGACAGUGGCUUAAAGAGGAUCGUUCAUAUGUUACACGCCGUUGGUGUUGUUAUUUGCAAGAGUUUUGAUCAUCACUAUUUAUAGACCAGCCUGUUCCUCAUAAGUGUAUGUUUUGCCAAUUGCGCGCAACAAGUUGCAGACACUCCCAGCAGAGGCAAACCUACGCUAAUUUGGGCCAGCGGAUGGUAUUUUCUGCCCUUCUCUUUUCUGAUCAUGCGUCUUUGAAUACCGCUUACACCUCCCCGAUCCCCUCUUUGGAAGGCAGAGGUGGAAUAAACGGUGGAGAUCCGGAGAGGGAGUUCAGGAAAGGACGGGGCUGGAUCCGUGGGAAUAGGCCUGCCUGUCAGGCCUCUCAUGAUCUGGGUCUUGGACUGGACAGGGCUCCAAAAUAACUCGGGCUGGAAUAUUUGCAAGGGCCCGCUGGAAUAAAGAUGGAAGGAGAAUGUGUGGGAAUAAGGAACGUCAAUCCUUAGCAUAGUGAGUCGCGCAUGAGCAUGACUAUAGAGGAAGGUAAAGCUGACUUAAUUACAGAUCACCUACUUUUUAAAAAAUAAAUAAAUUAACGGGGAUACAGAGUUUCUCUCAUUUUGGGCUGUCAUUAAUAAUAUGUGAAACGUUCACUUAAUUUAAAGUUAACUGCAUUAGUAAGUCCUUUUCAAGCCCAGACUUAUCAAUUACUUUAAAAACAAUUUACUACUUUUGCUUCUUUAUGAUGACAGAACCCCUAAUGCCCACACACUUUUAUUUUGGCACUGCUAGCUUUAGAUUUUAGGGAGACACACAAAAAAAAGGGGAGCGUAUGUUGUGGAGAUAAGAGGGAACGGUGUAACUUUUGUAGUCACUCGCUGUGCACAACGCCAACUGUUGACAGCCUAUAUCUGCAUCUGCUCUCACAAUGAAACACAGGACUUGAGCUCUUGUUUUUUUCCACCAGUGGUGUUUCGGUAUGAAGCAAAAAUCAGGUAUUUCUCGUGUCCUUAUCUGACUCUGUAAUGUCAGCAGAAUCAAAAUAUUGCGCACGUUCACAGGAGGCAAUUUCCAGUCAUGUAACGUCUGGGCUGACUUGAUGAAGGCAUAAAAACCCGUUGCAUCACUAACCAGUCCUUUCCGAGAAGGAUGUUCAACCCAGGAGACAGAAAGAGUGAUGACAGUGUUUUUACCGCAGCUGGAGAGAAAGCCGGGCUCAUACCCAGAGCCUCUUUGGAGAGGGAUACAUGUAAUGUGAGUACUGACGCAAACCCGGGCUCGGAUAAUGGACUUCUCAAGAAACUGGAACGGUGCGUCUUAUGUGAGUGAGUGUGCAGGCUGCUGUGUGCGUAGCAAAUACGUCUGUGCCGUGCUCAUCAUUCAUGCAGUGUGAAUAUUCCAACAAACACCUUUUGCUCUCUCUCUUUCUCCCCCCGCCGCCCCCCUGCCUCCUCUCUGUGCCACAUGUGCACGCAGAGCGCCCACGCACCGUGUCUAAUUGUCUGAGCGCCAUCAGAAGAUAUUGUUAAUAUUUAACACCUCUGUCGCACCCCCGCGUCUCCGCGUCACUCCAGUCAAUAUGGCCACUCUACAGCAUCACCGGCAGCUUCUCAUGCACGGCACGGAAGUGAGCUGCGACUCCAGCGGGGAUGGCGCCGUGACCGUUCGGAUUACCAACAGUGCGCCACACGUGCAUCAGCAUGACAAACAGAGGGAUGCCAACAGUGGAGCAGUAGGCGGAGGAGGAGGAGGAGGAGGCGGCGUUGGGGCUGUGAAUAAAAUGAACCCUAACCUCCACAAAUACAGUAUCUCCUCCAGCUGCAGCUCGGCUGACUCCAGACCAGCUGGGACCUCCACUUCGAGGCUGCACAGGAAGGCGCCACCGCUGUUCGAACGCUCUGCUGCCCAGUGCUGGGACCCCAAGUUCGACUCCCCAGUCUUGGAGGAGGCGUGCCAAGAGAGGUGCUUUCCUCAGACGCAGCGGCGGUUCCGUUAUGUCCUGUUCUACCUUGCAGUGGCAGCUGUGCUCUGGGGAGUGUACUUUGGGGUCAAUAGUGAGCGCUGCAACCCCGUGACCUUCCUAGCCCCCACGGCGUCCUUCUUGGUCUUACUAGUGCUCCUCUUUUUGUUCACUUUCACCCAACCGUACACGUGGCUGUACAACCAAACCUCCUUGCUCCUGAUAGCCGUGACCUUUGCCAUCACGUUAUCGCCACAGAUACAAACUGCUGGCUACACUGAGCUGGAGUGGGCUGGCGGUGGGAAUGCCUCCUAUCUUUCACUGGAUAACGUAGCCCAAGCUCCAACCCCAUGCAUCUCCCCUGUGGGCACCUUUUCCCUGUGCAUGGAAGUGCUGCUGUUGCUAUACAGUGUCCUCCAUGUCCGUCUGUAUGCCUCUGUGACACUGGGGCUCCUGUAUUCUAUAUUAUUUGAGGCAUUAGGGUGGCUUCCAUUGCUUCAAAGGAGUUAUGACCCUUCUGGAAAGCCAUCAAGGUUAGUGGGUUCAGACUGGGAAGAGGACACCCUCCGUUGGCUGGGCCCGGCCAAAGCUCUACUUCACUUGUGUGCCCAUGUCAUUGGCAUCCACCUGUUCAUCAUGUCGGAGGUGCGCUCCCGCAGCACCUUCCUCAAAGUGGGCCAGGCCAUCAUGCAUGGCAAAGACUUGGAGGUGGAGAAGGCACUGAAGGAGCGCAUGAUUCACUCUGUCAUGCCGCGACGGGUUGCAGACGAGCUAAUGAAGCAGGGUGACGAUGAGGGUGGCGGUGAGAACUCCGGAAAGCGAUAUUCCUCUGGCGCUUGCUCUGCCUCAGCUGUUUCAGUGGGAGGCGGAGGAAGUGGCGGAGCUUCACAAGCCCAAAGCGUCACAAACCCCAAGAAUAACCCUUACAACAAUCACAAACGCAAAAAGACCUCCAUCCCCCGCGGGCAGAUUAUAUUCAGGCCCUUUAACAUGAAACGAAUGGAACCCGUGAGCAUCCUCUUUACAGAUAUUGUGGGUUUCACCAAAAUGUCUGCCAAUAAGUCCGCGCCGGCCUUGGUGGGCCUUCUCAAUGACCUGUUUGGACGUUUCGACCGACUCUGUGAACUUACCUGUUGUGAGAAGAUCAGCACUCUGGGAGAUUGCUACUACUGUGUAGCGGGCUGCCCUGAACCCAGGCCGGACCAUGCUCACUGCUGUGUAGAGAUGGGCUUGGGCAUGAUUCAGGCCAUUGAGCAGUUUUGCCAGGAGAACAGCGAGACUGUCAGCAUUCGCGUCGGCGUCCAUACAGGCACCGUUCUGUGUGGAAUCCUGGGAAUGAAGCGCUUCAAAUUUGACGUUUGGUCAAAUGAUGUCAAUCUGGCUAACUUGAUGGAGCAGCUGGGUGUGGCGGGGAAGGUCCACCUGUCAGAAGCCACCGCCAGAUUCCUGGAUGACCGUUACCAGAGGGAGGACGGGCAGGUGGCAGAGAGAGCCGGGCAGAGCGUGAUGGAGAAACUGAAGGGGAUGAAGACGUACCUGAUCUCGGGGAGGAAGGUGGAUCAUGAUGUGCAGUGUGGCUGUGGUCAGAUGGGACUGCCAGGUGGGGAUUUUGUAGGAGUCAGCAUGUCGUCCUGCCCCGCACCCCACGCACCAGACCUCAUCCCUGGAGGGGCGCAGGCUGCUGACCCCCUACUCCCUCACCAACCUUCAGACAGGACUGGGCCCUCCUGUGUGUUCCAUAGUGUGGUCUUGUCUCCGGUGGCAGAACAGGGUGACGAUGUUGCCGUGCUGAAUGGCUGCCAGGAAGAGCACAAAACUGGCAGCACCAAGUUCAUCCCGGGUCACAGCCCCCGCACAGCCAACGGUCUCCUGAGUCCCCCCCUGGAGGACCCGGUGCGGGCCAGCCAGACUUCACUGUGUGACAUGCUCCAGGAGAAACAAAAGAAGACCAGCACUAGCACGGGAACCGGCACCAGUCUAGGCAUGGCUGGAGGCACGGGGGCGACAGGUACAGGCAUGGAUCACUCUGCCUUGAUCCAGCUACGUGCCGAGAACUUCAGACAGAAGAGCGACGCCCACUUUGUGGAGGUUAUCAGGGAGGACAGUCUGAUGAAGGACUACUUUUUCAAGCCACCCAUCAACAAGAUCAGCCUUAACUUUCUAGAGAGACCUCUGGAAAAGGCAUAUCGCAGCAGCUACAAGAAGGAGGUUAAGAACAAGGCUCAGGUGCAGACUUUUGCGAGCACCACCUUCAGCUCCUUCCUGGAUGUUCUCCUUAGCUGUUUCUUUUUCCUGGCCCUGACCCUGGCCUGCUUCCUUCCACCUCUGGUGAGCCCGGAGACCGGGGGCUCCCUAGCUCCUGCUGCCCUGGCCGUGACUCCCCUGGCUGGUCUGCUGGAGCUGGCCUCCCUUGUGCUUUCCGUACGCAUGACCUUCUAUUUGGAGGAGGUAAUGAACUGCACUCGCUCCCUGCUCCUGGUGGUCUCCGGCUGGGUCUCUCGUCAUGUGAUUGGGGCCGUCUUAGUCUCCCUCCCCGCCAUAUCGGUCUUGUCCCACCUCACUCACAGCAUCCACCUGCCCCUCCAGGUGACUAUGUUCCUGUGCUGUGCCACCAUCCUGGCCAUCAUCCAGUACUGUAACUUCUGUCAGCUGAGCUUUUGGAUGCGCUCAGUCCUGGCCACGGCUACAGGGGUUGCUCUGCUGCUGCUGCUCUACAGUCCCUUGCACAGCUCUGGUUCUAACAGCUUGCCAGGUUAUGGAGAGAACAUCUCAACGACGACUGAUGGUGGGUCACAAUCUGGCCCGUACCCUCCCCAGAGACUUUUUGACCUUUUGGUCCCAGAAGCCAUCCUGGCUUUCUUCUUGCUUCUGCUCCUGGUCUGGUUCCUGAACCGUGAGUUCGAGGUCAGCUACCGCCUCCACUAUCAUGGCAACGUGGAGGCUGACAAGCAUCGCUCCAAGAUCCAGAACAUGCGAGACCAGGCUGAGUGGUUACUGGGCAACAUCAUCCCCAUCCAUGUUGCUGACCAACUCAAGGUGACCCAGAGCUACUCCAAGAACCACGACAGCGUGGGCGUGAUCUUUGCCAGUAUUGUGAACUUCAGCGAGUUCUACGAAGAGAGCUACGAAGGGGGGAAAGAGUGCUACCGUGUCCUGAACGAGCUGAUCGGAGACUUUGACGACCUCCUCCGCAGGUCCGACUUCAAAAGCGUGGAAAAAAUCAAGACAAUCGGCGCCACCUACAUGGCAGCCUCAGGGCUGAAUGUGCGACAGCUGGCUGAGGACGACGAAGAUUCUCCGCAUGCUCACCUGAGGGCUCUUUUUAAUUUUGCCCUCGAGAUGAUGGGCGUCCUGGACGAUUUCAACAAAAACAUGCUAGGCUUUGGUUUCAAGCUCCGUAUUGGAUUUAACCACGGGCCCCUGACGGCGGGGGUGAUCGGCACCACUAAGCUCCUCUACGACAUCUGGGGAGACACAGUCAACAUUGCCAGUCGCAUGGACUCCACCGGUGUGGAGUGCCGGGUGCAGGUGAGCGAGGAAAGCCAUGCUGUGCUCAGCGCCAUGGGUUUAGAGUUUGACUACAGAGGUACAGUGAAUGUUAAGGGAAAAGGUCAAAUGAGGACCUUUUUGUACCCCAAAAGUGGGGAAAGCAUAUGCCUGGAUCGAAUGGAGCUGGCCCCUGGAGUUGAACCCUCGUCCAUGGCAUUACCUGCCAGUAAGACUUCAGUGGCUCCUCCUCCCUCUUCCUUGUCUUCUUCCACUCCUCCCUCCACCCCUCUCUCCUUACUCCCUCCUCAAACUCAAUGCUCUGCGGCUCCUCCAGGAGCAGGAGCAGGGCCUGGGCAUGUUCCAGCUAUAUCCACAGAAGUGAGGGAGGAGGGAUAUAGGGACUCUGCACUCCUCCCUGAGCAAUCCCCUCCCACAGACGUUCACACCCCUCCCCAUUCUGAACUAGGCCCAGAGCCCAGGGCUGCACAAGUGCCCUCCGAGGUGCAGUCUGCUCCACUGGCACCUCAAGAGGUGGAGGAUGAAGAGGAGGCCGAUGAGCUGACAAAACUCAACGAGGAGUUUUAUGCCCGUCUCUGAUCCCUCCCCCUUCCCGUGUCUUCUGCUCCCCUGCCGCCGCAGCUGCUGCCUCUACAGGACUGAUUGCAGGUGUAGACAGGAUGUCCCCCUCCUCUAGGCAAGUGUCUUUGACAUGGAAGAUGGAAGCUGGUCGCUCCAGCUCACGGUGGCUAUGGUGACAUCUUUCACGGGAGUUUUGACGGAGUGCUGGGGUGGGUUAGACCUGUGUUGAACACAGCAGUUUAUAAUGGAGUAAAGGCUAAAAGGGAUAUGAGGUCAAAGAAGAUUUGUUGGUGUUGAUGUUCAUGUUUUUUCCUUUAAUUUUUGUUAUUAAGUGCCUUCAGGACUAGAGCAGUGAACGAACAAAUAUGAAUACUGAACAAGUUUUAACAAUCUUAGACUACAGAAAAUGCUGUGGUUUCUUACUCCGUGCUUUUAUUUUGAAUGCAAGUAUUUCUUUUUUCUUUUUUUUUUUUUUAAAAAAAGCAAUCAUUAUUAUUGUGCCAUAUCAAUAGUUUUAACUUGAUCAAAAUCGUGACCUUACAUAAGGGAAAAUCAUUUUAGAUUUUAUAUAAGUGCCAGUGCAGCAUGUUGAGCUGAGCAGGAAACGAUGGGAGGAAUGAGGGAAUCACAUGAAGCAGUGUUAAUUUAUGUGUUCUGCUUUGACAUGAGGGCUUACUACAGUAUUCAUUUGUGCUAGAGUCUCAUUCUCAAUGGGACGUGCUACAAAGCAGGCUGCGUAGAUUUUAGUGUUUGUAGCAGCUAAAUGCACAUUUUAAGCACAGGUCUUGCACAGUGUUUUUUUCUUUUUCCGACCACUUGUUAUUUGGUAGUUAUAUAGCUAUAAAGAAACUGUUCCUACAAUCAAAAGCACAAAAUCUAAUCAGAAAAGGGAAUGCAUAUGUGAAAGAAGGGUGUUUUUUUAAAAAGGGAGUCCAUCACAGAGGUAAGAAGGCACUUUAAAUAUACUAUAAAUGUAUAAAGUGAUAGAUUUUGAGUAUGUAACGCUCACUCCUUAUAGAUCUGACCUGUGAGUGUGGAGAUAUUGGAUUCCACAGAAACCAAUCCUGCAGCACUUCUCCGCUGUCCACCUGUAUGGUCAGUGGUCAGUACAUUAUUCAGUCUUUUAGGUCUAAGGAAUUAGCUUUACCAAGUUUGUGAAGAUCUAAAACAGUAGUUCAAGUGGGACGGUCUUUCCAUUACACAGAAUAAAACGAGCACAAAAUAUCACCCUUUAAAGGCUGCUGCGAGGUAAGAGGUUGAUACAGCUGCAGUAUAACUUUAAGCGGGACUGUGAGACAAUCACUGUGUACUGUGUAGUUCUCAGUAGGUGACGGGUGGUUCACACGCAGUAGGCUUCAGUGUCAAAUCACAGGUGAACUCCAAUCUCUACUGUACUGUGUGUAAGACCUCCAGUUUUGUGAUGUCGCCUUCAUUACCAGAAAAAAAACAAAAAACAAUUACAAUGUAAUUGGUCACUCCAUCAGUGCAGAUUCGUUCAACAGUUCAGUGUUGUCUGCCUUUAGCUGUGUGAUUUGCUGUCAAAGGGUUGGGACUUUUAACUUUAAUCCUGUCACAGCCUCUUCGAGGGGGGAGGGAGGGCGGGGGGUUCUUUAUCAAUAUAAUUGUGCCACUUAAAUUGAGUGAUCUAUAGGUGCAGUGCAACCUAAACUAGCUGAUUGUUGUGUGGUGCCUAAAAGUAUGACUGUAUUUUUUUUUUCAAAAACAAAAACUUUUUUUUAUGAUGCUGUUGUCACAGUGAGAAUAUAGAUUAUGAUUGUAUGUUUGAGGAAAUUAUGCUUGUUCUGCAGGUUUUGCUGCAUUUCAUUUUAUUGACAGAUUCCACCAUUUACUUUAAAUUUUUUUUUUUGCUCCUUUUCCAGUUCUUUUGUUUUUCCUGUCCAGUCAUCAGGAUAGCGUGGUGGUGUUCCCGUUGGAUUUUUUGGCUCUCUCUUGGUUCCCUUUGCUCUCUACUCAGUUCAUGCUUAAUCUUUUCUUCUGAGGGCACUUGUUUUCUCUCUUGUACCGUCGGUGGAUGUGUGUGAGAGAGAUUUAUAUGCUUUUACUUCAAGCCAAUAUUGCAGAAAAGAUGAA